AUGGCUUUGCUUGCGGUGAUCGCGAAUCAAGACGAUGGGACCAAAAGAUGUGCCGGCUUGGAUGUUCCGAGAGGUUGCAGCAUGAAGAGGAGAAUAAGCAUACCACAGGUGAUGCCAACAAUGACGGGUCUGCUCAGAUCAGCCCUCACAACAUGGAUGCCUUGGACCACACUGAGGACAGAUUCGGCUGGUGCUAAGACGCUGCCAGCCAUCGUCAUUGAAAUACACAAUAUGCCGACAAUCUUGAGUAUUACCUUUGCAAUGCCGCUUUCUUCGAGAAAGUCUGGAGUUCGUCUUCCCGCCGGGGACAAUUAG